AUGACAGGGUUAAGCAUUUCAAUCGUAACUCAUCGACUGCCUACUGAUCCAGCAUGUCCUCCUGUGAAGCAGAAGCUGAGAAAAUACAAGUCUGAGUUGAGUUUGAAAAUCAAGGAAGAAAUAUCGAAGCAAUUAGAUGCUAGAAUCCUUCAAGUGACGGAGUCGUUCCAGUGCCGAAGAAAGACGGAAAGGUCAGAGUCUCAUGAAACACAAUCAUUCGUGGAUUGCUCUGCUGGCUAUCAUCAAAUUGAGAUGCACAAGGACGAUGCUGAGAAGACUAAUUUCAUCACACCGUGGGGUGCCUACAAUUACAAGGCAAUGACCACUCUGUUUCACGACAUGAUCCACAAGGAAAUUGAAGUUUAUGUGGAUGAUGUCAUCAUCAAAUCAAAGAAGGGUUUAAAUUAUCUAGAUGAUAUGCGAAAGUUCUUUGCCAGGCUACGCAAGUAUAACUUGAAGUUAAAUCUUGCAAAAUGUGUCUUUGGGGUUCAUGCUGGAAAGCUUUUGGGUUUCAUUGUCAGCCGUCGGGGUAUAGAACUGGAUCCAUCAAAAAUCAAAGCCAUUCGUGGUUUACCUCCAUCGAAGAAUUACUUGUCCAAUCCACUAGUGUUGGUUCCACCGGAAUCUGGUAAACCGUUGUUGUUAUACAUAUCAGUGUUGGAUAAUGCUUUCAACUACAUUUUGGGGCAACAUGAUAAGACUGGUAAAAAGGAGAAGGUAAUAUACUACAUGAGUAAGAAGUUUACAUCAUAUGAAGCUCGAUACUCUCUAUUGGAGCGUACUUGUUGUGCUGUAACUUGGGUCGCUCAGAAGCUGCGACACUACCUCUCAUCGCACACUACUUAUCUGAUUUCAAGGAUGGAUCCUCUGAAGUAUAUCUUUCAAAAGCCCAUGCCUACAGGUAAACUGGCUAAAUGGCAGAUACUACUGAGCAAGUUUGACAUAGUGUAUGUUACACAAAAGGCAGUAAAGGCACAGACAUUAGCAGAUCAUAUGGCAGAGAACCCUAUAGAUGAUGAUUAUAGACCGUUGAAGACUUACUUCCCAGACGAGGAAGUAGCUUUUGUCGGGGAAGACAUUUCUGAAGAAUAUGAUGGUUGGAGGAUGUUCUUUGAUGGAGCUAAGAACUUGAGCGGAUCCGGCAUUGGAGCUGUUUUGAUCUCAUCAACUGGGCAACAUUAUCCGGUAUCAGCCAAACUCAGGUUCCUCUGCUCAAAUAAUAUGGCUGAAUAUGAGGCUUGUAUCGCUAUCGACUUGGAUAUCCAGGAAAUGUUGAUAAUAGGAGAUUCAAACCUAUUAAUCCAUCAGCAUCUCCAUCAUAAUUACAUUGAUCCUAUUUACAUCCACAUAUACGAGCAACCAACAUACUGUUUUCAUGUUGAGGAAGAGCCUGAUGGAAAACCUUGGUACGAUGACAUUCGAGGAUAUUUGAAGAACGGUGAGUAUACAAAGGAUGCAACAAGUGUACAAAAGCGUACAAUUCAGAGGUUAGCGAAUCAAUUCUUUCUAAGCGGAGAAAUCCUUUAUAGGAGGACUCCCGAUUUGGGGUUGCUAAGGUGCGUCGAAGCUGGAGAAGCUAGCAGACUGAUUGAAGAGAUACAUGCAGGAACAUGUGGUCCUCACAUGAAUGGUUUUACAUUGUCAAAGAAGAUCCUGAGAUCGGGAUAUUUCUGGCUAACUAUGGAGACAGACUGCAUUCGCUAUGUUCAAAAAUGUCACCAAUGUCAGACUCAUGCAGAUAUGAUCCUAGUUCCUCCCAACGAACUCCAUGUUACUAGUUCACCUUGGCCCUUUGCAGCUUAG